AUGCCACAAGGUGGUGUGGUGGUCUUCUCCUGGAUUGUUGGUGGAGGUUAUAGCUCUCUAGGUGGGGUACAGCAGGGUUCCUCACACAAGCCAUCAGACAGCUUUGGAAGAUCAGUAAUACCCCAAUCCAACGAGCGGCGUGUCGUGGCCCACAUCCCCGGUGACAUCAUCAUCGGCGCCCUCUUUUCAGUGCACCACCAGCCUCCGGCUGACAAAGUGCAUGAGCGGAAAUGCGGGGCCGUUCGGGAGCAGUAUGGCAUCCAGCGUGUCGAGGCCAUGAUGCACACUCUAGACCGAAUCAACGCAGACCCAAAAAUCCUUCCCAACGUCACGCUCGGUUGUGAGAUCCGAGACUCCUGCUGGCAUUCUGCAGUUGCUCUGGAGCAGAGCAUCGAAUUCAUACGGGACUCGCUCGUCGCCGCCGAUGAGAGCGAGGAGGCUGGAGGUGGGGGCGGGACCAAGUGUGCGGACCCAGGAGCCACGCCCAUGAAAGGGAAGAAGCCAAUCGUGGGGCUGAUUGGUCCGGGCUCAAGCUCAGUGGCCAUUCAAGUGCAGAAUUUGCUGCAGCUGUUUAAUAUUCCGCAGAUUGCGUAUUCCGCCACCAGCAUGGACCUCAGUGAUAAAUCACUUUAUAAAUACUUCAUGAGGGUUGUGCCAUCAGACGCCCAGCAGGCCAGAGCGAUGGUGGACAUAGUGAAGUGGUACAACUGGACCUACGUAUCUGCCAUCCACACAGAGGGUAACUAUGGGGAGAGUGGAAUGGAGGCAUUUAAAGAGAUGGCAGCAAAGGAAGGGAUUUGUAUCGCUCACUCGGAUAAAAUCUGGAGUAAUGCCGGCGAGCAAAACUUUGACCGUCUGCUCGUGAAACUACGCAAAUACCUGCCCAAAGCUCGCGUGGUGGCAUGUUUCUGUGAGGGCAUGACUGUACGAAACAUCCUCAUGGCCAUGAGACGAAAGAACCUUGUUGGAGAGUUCCUUUUGGUCGGCAGUGAUGGGUGGGCUGACCGUUAUGAUGUGACUGACGGGUAUGUGAGAGAGGCAGCCGGCGGGAUAACAAUAAAGCUGCAGUCGGCAGAUGUGAAGUGGUUCGAUGAUUAUUACCUGAAACUACGUCCGGACAAUAACCCGCGGAAUCCCUGGUUCCCUGAGUUCUGGCAGCACCGGUUCCACUGCAGAAUGAAGGGACAUCCGCAAGAAAACAACAAAUACAAUCGAACCUGCAGCAAACGAGAUUCUCUACGGCAGCAGUAUGCUCAGGACACCAAGAUGGGUUUUGUGAUUAAUGCGAUCUACAGUAUGGCCUACGGUCUUCAUAACAUGCAGAAGUCUCUCUGUCCUGGUAUGGUUGGACUGUGUGAUGCCAUGAGACCCAUCGAUGGUGCCAAACUCCUAGAUUUCCUCAUGAAGACCAACUUCACUGGAGUCACCGGAGAGAACAUAUACUUUGACGAGAACGGAGAUUCACCAGGGAGUUAUGUGAUCAUGAAUUUUAAGAAGAUGGGGAAAGAUUAUUUUGACUACACACACGUGGGCAGCUGGGACAACAGUGGUCUACAAAUCAACGACAAUGAGAUCUGGCCCAAUAAAGAUGACAUCAUCAAAUCAGUGUGCAGUGAGCCCUGUGACAAGGGUCAAAUUAAGGUGAUUCGUAAAGGAGAGGUCAGUUGCUGUUGGACGUGCACUCCCUGUAAAGAAAACGAGUUUGUUUUUGACGAGUACACGUGUCGAGCGUGUGAACUGGGAUCCUGGCCCACCAAUGACCUCACUGGGUGUGACCCAAUCCCAGUGGAGUAUUUGCGGUGGGGUGACCCUGAGCCCAUAGCUGCUGUGGUCUUCGCCUGCUUGGGCCUGAUGGCCACAUUCUUUGUCACCUCCAUCUUCAUCAUCUACCGCGACACUCCUGUAGUGAAGUCGUCAAGUCGCGAACUGUGUUACAUCAUCCUCGUGGGAAUCUGUCUCGGAUAUCUCUGCACGUUCUGUCUCAUCACCAAACCUCAAGUGAUCUACUGCUACCUGCAGCGUCUCGGCAUCGGCCUGUCACCCGCCAUGAGCUACUCCGCUCUCGUCACCAAGACCAAUCGCAUCGCUCGGAUUUUGGCCGGUAGCAAAAAGAAAAUCUGCACCAAGAAACCUCGAUUCAUGAGCGCUUGUGCGCAACUGGUCAUCGCGUUCCUUCUUAUUCUCCUGCAGCUGGGCAUCAUCGUUGCACUCUUCUUAAUGGAGCCUCCCGACGUUAUUCACGAUUACCCUUCCAUCCGUGAGGUCAAUCUCAUUUGCAAUACCACUAACUUAGGUGUGGUGGCACCUCUGGGCUACAACGGCCUCCUUAUCAUGAGCUGCACAUUCUACGCCUUCAAGACACGCAACGUUCCGGCGAAUUUUAACGAGGCGAAGUACAUCGCCUUCACCAUGUACACCACUUGUAUUAUCUGGCUGGCAUUCGUACCAAUUUACUUUGGUUCGAACUACAAGACCAUCACCAUGUGCUUUUCCGUCAGUCUUAGUGCCACCGUGGCCCUGUGUUGCAUGUUUGUUCCAAAAGUUUACAUCAUCCUGGCUAAACCAGAGAGGAACGUCCGCAGCGCAUUUACUACAUCGACGGUGGUGCGCAUGCAUGUUGGAGAUGGGAAAUCUUCGUCCGCUGCCAGUCGGUCGAGCAGCCUGGUCAACCUGUGGAAAAGACGAGGCUCGUCAGGAGAAACACUAAGCUCUAAUGGAAAGUCGGUGACUUGGGCGCAGAACGAGUGCAGUUCCAAAGGUACUCACCUGUGGCAGCGUCUCUCCUUCCACAUUAAGAAGCGCGAGAGCAACCAGACAGCCGUGAUCAAACCUUUCUCCAAAACCUCUGAAGGACGCUACUGUGGAGGCACUGACAUCAACACAGACAACAGCAACAGCAAGAUGCUCUAUGAGGUUACGGAGGCGGAGGAGCGCUAUCCAAUGACGUACCAACCUCAAACACCCUCGCCAAUCAGCACCGUGACCCAGAGGGCAAGCAUGGCUUUAGCUGCGGCUGACGCCCAGGUCAUGAGCGUCUCGACGUACAUGUGCCAUCCUCCGCAACGCGGUAUAGUAUCGUGCGGUGGUGGAAGUGCAUCGCAGGGUUCUUUAAUGGAGCAGAUUAGCUGCGUUGUGAACCGUUUCACAGCCAACAUCAGCGAGCUCAACAGCAUGAUGCUCUCCAGCUCACCUCCAGGGAGUGCUGUGGGUCUGCCCACCAGCGCUUCCACACACACUCAUGUGCAUGCAACUGCACUGGAACCCUGCUGCCCUCCGGCUUACCGCCUCUCCCGAGAGGUUUCCAUGCCAACCACCAUGACCACCUACGCUGAGAUCCAACCCCUUCCACCAGUGGAGUCUAACGUAAGUCACCCGCCUCCACCCUGUCCCCUCUCUGGAUCAUCGCGGCUCAAAUCCUCACCCACAACCAGCGGAAAGGAGCUAAAGGUGUGCGUGGGCUCAGCUUUGGAGUCUCCAUCCAAUCAGCCACAGCUUGAGGAACUGCUUUCGCUGACCCCACCUUCCCCCUUCAGGGACUCCGUUGGGUCAGAAAGCGGCUCACCCAGUUCGCCCACGUCGGAUGCUGAUAUGACCCUUCCGCCAAUCCCGAAAUACGAGUGCCUGGUGCUCCGACACUACAGCCAGAGUUCCUCCUCAUUAUGAGGACAGCAGAGACGAACAACAAGCAAACACGUCAAAAAGGUGGAAGAAUGGAGCGCUCCCUAGAGUAAUAAAUGUAGGCGGAGACAAACGGAAGACAGACACUGCUUGAGUGUGUGUUUACAUGUUCUCACAUUUGGACCAAUGCAAAAUAGGGGUUGCAAACUCUUGGUGGCCUCCAAGGAGAUCUCCAACUUUAGACCUGCAGUAGAAUUAUGGUGAAUGUGAUCUUGCCAAGAUGUUCCUUGAUCAACAUGCUUGUUGGUUCUGGAACAACAUCCCUAUCAACCAAUCAGAUUUUAGGUUAGGUUAAGGGUUAAUGUUAGGGUAUCAGAUAUUAAGCUUAGGGCUUGUAGAAGGUUGAACACCAUUUUUUUUAUCAACUUAUCAUUUCCCUCUUAUUUUAGGGGAAGGAAUGUUUCCCCAGGACCAAAAAAAGACGUUUAUCCAGGAACUCUUGCAAAAUCACAGUGACUAUAGAAUCAGAGUGUUCGUCUAGUUUGGAGUACCGUUGGUCUAUUUUGGUAGUGGCCUUAAACAAACAUGGCUUUCAUCUAAUUAGUGCUGUUUCUAUAAGGACUAAAAACGUGUUGGUGUUUCCUCAAACAAAUGGGGGUGGAAAAACGCACAGGGAGACGUGGGAAAAUCCACCUGCAUCGUGGGGAUGUUCCCAGCAGACACUGACAUUCUAAACCUUUUUGCUACAAUCAUCAUGAAACAAUGAGAUUAUUAAGGGCUGGAUAAAGAUACGGCAGUAAAGGGAAAAGCCUGUAUGAUUACAUGUGCAUGGUAGACACACUCGCACACACACAAGUACAUGACUACUGGUAUGCUGUAAUAAUUAAAGAGUGUAAAGUGAUGUCCCUUACAGUCUUUGAAAAAAUGGCUUUGUUUGAUGUACAGCAGAAUGGUGUCAGGGUGCAAACAGAUCGAUAGAGAUAUUCCAAAUGCGCCAUCAUUUUCAUCUCUCUCUGUACAUUUUCUCUCUUCCUUUCAUUCAAAUCAAAUAUUUGUUUCUUUCCAGAAUUUCUUGUGGGACCAAAUGAUGUAUGUCUUUUUGAGCAUUCAUUUGUGGGGGUCAGAUCCUGUGACCUGUAAGACACGCCUCAUCAAUAAGUUCUGUACCAUGGUACUGUGAUGGUUAGGGUGACCAUACGUCGUCUUUUUCCUGGACACGUCCUCUUUUUUGAACCUAAAAAAAGCAUCCAGCCGGGAUUUCAAAAUUGGCUAGAAAUGUCCGGGAUUUGGCUUUCUUUGUAUUGACGUGCAGUUAGGAUUCUCAUACAUUCAUACACCAGUUUUUGUGUUCAUGUGUCCUUACGUGAUUAUUCUGACAGAGA